AUGCCCGACAAAUUUGAAGCUACAAGUCCGUUCAAGUUUAAUUCACCACCAAUGGUAAAAAAACGAAACGUUGGAGAUUCCAUUGAUAUUGAUGAGUAUGAUAAUGUGAAUUCGUCGACCAAAGUACCUAGAUUGAAUUCGAAGGUGGAUGGCAACACAGGAUUCUACAAACCUUUACACUGCAUCAUCACAAUCGAAUACACUAUCUACAUAAGAUUCAUGGAUCCCACCAAGUUAGCAUGA